AUGACAAGCUCACGCUUCAUCCCCAAUGUCCUGCGAUCAGGAAAGGACAUUCAGCUGAGCUAUGAGCUUCCUCAUCGCAUUCACACGGCCAAAGUUUACCCCAUCCCCUCUCCAAACCGGUCAGCAGUCAUCGUGUACGGAUACGAAAAUGGCAUUCGAAUUCUUUGGAGAGGAGGCAGGCCUUUUAAAGCAACAGCGCACAAGCAAGCUCCCAAGGCGCGAGUGAACGGAACCAGCAGCGAUGCCGUUAUGUUGCUUGAUUCAGACGACGAAGCUACUCCAACCAAAGCACAACCAGCUCCUCCAGAAGAACCAGAGUUUCUCGACGAAGAAGAAGAGUUUGAUGAGCUGGAGCCCUACCUCCCGAUUAUUCAGGAUCUUGACCUGUUCCUCGGUCUUGACGUCCUCGACGUGACUUUUCCUCAAAUUGAUCCAUUAGCAUCCAAUCUGCGCUCAGGUUCCCGCCCGCCUGUACUAUCACAGAAGAUAAUAAUUGGCGCUGUCUGUUCCGACGAGACUAUCAGAGUCAUAUCAGUGCCUUUGACGCCGCCUUCGCCAGCGAGCAAAGCCAGGCAGGGACUUGCUGUAUCAAGAUGCGGUGAUGGACGCUGGGGCGAAAGCAUGCUAGUCCUUGGCGGACCGUCAGCGCAUCAGGAAACUCCAUCUGGCAUCGCAAUGACCUUUACCGCUCCAGCACUCGAGACCAGCAUUGAAGAUGACACCGAUAUGGAGGACGUGGGCACUGCUCAGCGGCAGAAAGAGCCCGAAGCUCGGGAAAGAAGUCGAUCAACAACACCAGGCGAGAAAGACUGGGAUCUUCUUGUUGCUUCGCAUUCCCCAGAAAUUAAUGGCUUGCUUCUAGUUUACAGAAUUUCCAUUAUAGAUAAACUUUCCGGGUCGGGCAAGAAGCCAGACUACACCAUCUCAACCAACUUCGUCCCGCCUUUUCAAACCCAGCACCUCUCAUCACCAGCGACAUGCAUUGCCUUCAACCCAUCUCCCUACCCGGCUCGCAGACACAGCCAGCUACUCGUCGCAGAGACCUCCGGUGCCGUCCGCAUUUUUGAGUGCCUCCCGCCUCGUUCGGACACUCUUAGCACCACUUCCGCCGAAAUCCUCCCUGACCAAGCGCACUGGCUUGCAUCAUUCUACCCUGGAUUUGCCGGGGCAAAACACAAGUUCCAGAACCCACUCGCUCCAUCAUACCGUAAGCAAGUUCUUGACGCUCAAUGGACAUCUGGUGGAAGCAGCAUCACCGUGCUCCUCGGCGACGGCGAAUGGGGCGUAUGGGAUCUGGAAGGCGUCAGUCCUGGUGCCAAAAAGCAUUUGCUUCAAGGACAACGCUCGAGCCCAGGCAUCGUUGGAGGUGCAACCACAACCUUUAACCUGCGCGGCUGGAUAGACAAUGUUGCCGUCCAGUCAUCAUCCAGCAGUAGUGGUAACACUGAACGCCGGGUUGCCAGCAAGGGGGACAAACAAUCAAAACUCGUUCCCAUGACACCGGGCACCCGACGAACACGACAAGAACUUCUCUUCAGUGGGCCACAAUCGGCUUCAUCCUCCACUGCCUUUUCCCGCGGCGGCCUCUCCAUCAGUCCGUCCGUUCGGAGCGGCAAGGGCAGAGGCUUGACGGGAGCCACGACCAGCGAAGCGUCAUCCGACGACGAGACAAUAGUCAUGUGGCAUGGCAAAACUGUUGCCAUGGUUCCCCGUCUGCAAAGCUACUGGCAGCGACAGCACAGCCAAUCGGUUGGUGCUGGAAAGGGCAACCUUUUCGUCAGUCCCGACGCGCGCCUGAUCAAACUCGACGCCGCCGAUCUGCAAGGGGAGGCCAUCACGGCGAUUGACCAGUUCCACACUCCUACACCAUCUACGCCACCGAUGCGGGAUAUUCUCAUCGCGGGCGAACAUAGAAUAGUCAUUUUUUCUACACCGUUGCCUGAACCCUCGAGGACAUUUUUCGGGAUCGAUCGCGACGAGGAGCCGACUGCUCUUGGCGGCAGUUUUGCGUCGCAUGUCCCUACAACAGCGGCGGCCAUGGACCAGCAAUUACUUUCCCAAGGAGAACUUGAUCUCAACGGCAUGGAUCGUAUGCUUGCCGAUAUGGAUGGCGGCGAGGAUGCCGAUGCGAAUUCCAGACCAUUGUUUGCGACGCGCCGCAGAGUCGACUUUUUGACUUGA